CAGGAGGCGCGAGUGAAUUAUGGAACACAUCACGAAAGUAUGCAGAUUUGGCAACGUUGCGUUGAAUGAGAGUGCACGUAUAGGAAAUGAAGUAGAUUGACAUUGUUAGAGCGUGUACUCGUUAUUUGUCUAGUGUGGUCUGUAAAUAGUUGAGUCCACCUACUCUCAGAAGACCAGAUAUGGGUGUGCCAGGUGCAAGAAACUUAGAAGCUAUGGAAGUAGAAGUUGCUAGUUCGGAGAUUCCUAAUGGAGAAGGUGAUACUGGUGAAAAGAAAGAUGUAGAUUUGCAAACAAUUCACGAUUUGCGAGAACAUACUCGGCAGAUAGAGAAAGCUGUUCAAAAUAAGGAGCCACGCUUCAUUCUGCGUGUGUUGCGAGCUUUGCCAAAUACAAGGCGUAAGCUUAAUCCAAUUGUCUUGAGAGGAAUUAUUGGUGGAUUUUAUACAAAAUCUGCAGCGGAACGCGAAGCACUUUUGGCCUGGAUCGAAGAACCAAUGGACACGGAAGGAGCUCAGGCAGCUAUUCUACGAUUUCGCAGUUCCGCUUCUCCCCUACUUCCAGAAAUUGAUGCAUAUAUCCAUCUUUUAAUUUUAGUAAGAUUAAUCGAUACCCGGAAAUUUGAAGAAGCAGUGCAGUGUUCGGAAGCACUGGUUCAAAAGAUUACUGCCCAGAAUCGGAGAACAAUAGAUUUGAUUGCUGCCAAGUGUUAUUUUUACCACUCACGAGCUUAUGAAUUAACAAAUCAAUUAGACAAGAUCAGGAGUUUCUUACAUCUGCGUUUACGUACAGCAACACUCCGGAAUGAUUACGAAGGUCAAGCAGUACUAAUCAACUGUCUGCUGCGUAACUAUUUGCAUUACAAUUUGUACGAUCAAGCAGAUAAGUUGGUACUGAAAUCAACUUUCCCUGAACUAGCUAGUAAUAACGAAUGGGCUAGGUUUUUGUAUUAUCUCGGUAGAAUCAAGGCUGCUAGACUAGAAUACUCAGCUGCACAUAAAAAUUUAGUGCAAGCAAUGCGUAAGGCUCCUCAGACUACAGCAGUUGGAUUCAGACAAACUGUACAAAAGUUGGCAGUCACUGUAGAACUUCUGCUUGGUGAUAUUCCCGAGAGGCAAAUAUUUAGGCAAGCAGCAUUGCGCCGUGCCCUUGCACCGUAUUUUCAACUAACUCAGGCAGUGAGACUUGGAAAUUUGCAGCGCUUUGGUGAAGUUCUUGAAAACUUUGGACCACAAUUCCGAUCAGAUCACACCUUCACUUUAAUAUUGCGCUUGAGACAUAAUGUCAUUAAAACUGCCAUUCGCUCCAUUGGACUCUCAUACUCACGUAUCUCACCAUCCGAUAUCGCAUCUAAACUUGGAUUAGAUUCUGGUGUCGAUGCAGAGUUUAUAGUUGCUAAAGCAAUUAGAGAUGGGGUUAUCGAAGCAACCUUAGACCCAGAAAAUGGUUACAUGCGUAGCAAAGAAACAACGGAUAUUUAUUGCACGAAAGAACCUUUACUAGCUUUCCAUCAGCGCAUAACAUUCUGUCUUGAUUUACACAACCAGAGCGUCAAAGCCAUGCGCUAUCCACCGAAAUCAUAUGGCAAGGAUCUGGAAUCUGCAGAGGAACGAAGAGAACGAGAACAACAAGAUCUAGAACUUGCAAAAGAAAUGGCAGAAGAAGACGAUGAUGGAUUCCCUUAAACAAUACAAUAUUUAAUUAUAAAUAGCAGCAUCGUGUCUGUAAUCAGAAUUCUAUCGCUUGCUUGCAAACUGUAAUCAUUAAGGUAAUAAUAAAAAAAUCAUUUCGAUAUUUGGAA